CGGCUCCUCGUGAGCCUACGGUACACCUUACCAUCCCUCAUUUUUGUCUACUUCAUGGUCUGCUCGGCUUUUGCUGCCUGUACUUUCCAGAAGCAUACUUCAGUCACUCAGCGACCUCGCCGGGCCAUCAUUCCCUACCUCUUAUUGAUAAUAGCCACCACCUACCUUGCCCAGUGCAGCCUCAGCCUCACUCACUGGCAUGAUGUUCACCAGUCCAAGGUUAUCGGUGACCUCGCCUGUGCUCUGGUAUAUGGCCUCGAGUUCGCCAUCCUGCACGGUACCCGGGAUCCAGUCUGGCACUCUUACAGUGGCUCUUUGGCUAUCACAUUGGCCCUCGAGCCCAUUCUCGCCACACUGUCUCUGCGCUCUUCAAAUUACCAGACUUCGAUGCCCAUAGGGAUUUUGAAAGUCUUGGUUCUGGCAGCUCGUUUUGCUUGCCUGCUGCUUGCACUGGUUAACUGCUGCAGUUCGCAGAAGUAUGAUCCCGCAGGCAUUAGAGGCGAUGCUGAACAUCAGUCUCUACUGCGGAAGCCAGCCAAUGGAGAAUCGGAAGACACGCUUGUCACAGAAUACGGUUCGACAGAGGUCGCUGCUGACGACUCCAGCAGAGCCAUUAGCAAAGAUCCCGAGUCCGAGUGGGAGCGCAGCCAACGUCUGGCCGAGGAACAAAGGGACAAGCGACUUCGGGACAGCGGUAAUUGGUUCAUCUACGCCAAGAGUUUCAAGAUAUUCCUGCCCUACAUCUGGCCUGUCAACGACCGACGCCUCCAGUUCCACGCCAUACUCGUCGUUCUUUGUCUACUGGCGAACAAUGGGCUGAACGUCUUGAUCCCCAACCAGCUCGGUGUGGUGACCAAGUCCUUGACCGAGAGCGCAAAGGGAGGCAGUCCCACCGAUGCCGUGGACCCCUGGAUACAGGUCCUCAUCUUUGCGGCUCUCAAGAUCAGCGGAUCCUCGGCAGGGCUCUCGCUACUCCGACAGAGGCUGUGGCUUCCUGUUGAGCAGUAUUCGGCGCGUGCGAUGGUGGAGGCUGCUCACUCUCACAUCAUGAAGCUCGACGCGCAUUUCCAUGAUACAAAAAGCCUUUCUGAUAUGUUGAUGGCCAUCCAACAUGGGGAUAGCAUAACUAGGGCCUUAGACACGGUCUGUUUCUCCUUGCUGCCAAAUUUUAUCGACCUCGGCGUCGCUUUCAUCUAUUUAACGGCCAAAUUUGGCCCUUGGGAGGGCCUCAUCACCAUCAGCACCAUGACCUUUUUCAUUUACCUAUCCACAGCCGCCAUCGCCAGCUCCCGCGCAGCUCGACAAGCUUACUCCAAGGCUUGGUACGAGGAAUGGUACAUUAUGAAUUCUGGCUUGUCUGGUUGGACGACAGUUGCGUCCUUCAACCAGGUCGAGCACGAGAUAAACCGCUUUUCUGUGGCCGUCCAGGACAGGGUGGCCAAGUCGCAGGUUUAUACUUUGAACAUGUACCGAUCACAGGCACUUCAAUACCUGGUCCUCUCGGCCGGUCUCUUGGCCGGUCUGUUUCUUGCUGUCUGGCAGGUCACGCAGGAGCACAGUAUCGACGCCAGUGACUUUGUUGUUCUCCUCACGUACUGGUCACAACUUGUCACCCCAUUGAACUUUUUUGCUGGGCUUGGGAAGACAGUGAAUAGGGAUUUGAUCGAUGCCGAGCGCCUCUUGGAGAUCAUGGAGACACAGUCCAAGGUCAUCAGCAAGCCAGGUGCACCAUCGUUUCAGCUCAAGGAAGGCAGCAUCGAAUUUCGGAGUGUCCGCUUCUCCUACGACAGAAAGAGAGAGAUACUCAAGGAUGUAUCCUUCAGCGUGAAGCCCGGACAGACCAUUGCUCUUGUUGGCAAGACCGGUGCCGGGAAGAGCACCAUCCUCAAGUUGCUCAACCGAUUCUAUGACGUGACAGAUGGAGACAUCAGGAUCGAUGGACAAGAUAUCAGAGACGUUGAACUCACUAGCCUUCGCGAGCAUAUUGGUGUGGUACCGCAGAAUCCCGUCCUCUUCAACGACUCCAUCAUGGACAACGUUCGCUACGCCCGACUCGAUGCAAGUGAUGAAGAGGUCCACAGCGCUUGCAAGGCCGCUGCUAUACACGAGCAGAUCCUUGGCUUUAGUGAUGGAUACAAUACUCGUGUAGGUGAGCGGGGCGUCAAACUGUCUGGUGGUGAACUGCAGCGAGUGGCGAUUGCGCGAGCGAUCCUGAAGCAACCCAAGAUUGUUCUUCUUGAUGAAGCAACCAGUGCUGUCGACACAGAGACGGAGACUCAAAUCCAGGACGCAUUGCGCCGUCUCUGCAAAAAUCGCACCACUUUCAUUGUAGCCCACAGGCUCUCGACCAUCGUUAGUGCCGACCGCAUCUUGGUCGUCAGCGAUGGUGAAAUCAUCGAGGAUGGUACUCACGAGAGUCUCAUUUCUGCUGGAGGUAGAUAUGCAGAACUGUGGACCAAACAGAUUUUUGCCAAGCCCAAAGACGAAGAUGGUGGCAGCACAGGCAAUGGACAGAACCCCAAAGCUCGGGUGGAGACUGCUGUAGAGACGACACAUACCGACCUAGUGGAGGCUGAGUUGCAAUCCGAGGACGGCGGUGAGCAGUCUGCUCAGGUGAAGACUCCGUCGGGCCACAAGAGAGAGGAAUCGAAGCUCAAUCCCAAUGCCCAAGAGUUCACCCCGCGGUCUGCACUCGCAGCCUCGGCCAGCUACAGC